UUUAUUUCAUUAUUCACUCCAGGAAGUUUACGUUUAGCUGUCAAUAGCAGGUUGAAUUUGUUCGUUUGCAAGAUAGCUAUAUUGCAAACACAUGUUUGCAACUUAUUUAAACCUGAUCAUAAAUAUCAGAUAUUAUAUAACGUGUCUAAGAUGGCAAUCAUACUUAUCUUUUUAAACAGAAACAAUACAAAGUUGACAGAGAGUUGGCUAUCCUAGUUAAGUCUCCAAAUGACCACAGACAGGUUUUAGGUUCAACGCCCGGCUGCUGUGUCUAACUAAAUAACUAACUAUGGGCAACACGGAAAGUGUUGUCGUACAGAAACGGCUGGCCCGUUUCCGUCCUGAAGAACGGCCCUUGAUCGAGGGGGUGUUUGAACGGCUUCAAGGUGAUGGAGGCUCAGGAAAGGUUUUAACACUGGAGAGCUUCAAGUCCUCCAUGGAUACUCUAGCCUCAGACUCCAUGAUAAAGAGGUUAUAUCGGGCUGCAUGUUGUGUUGAGUCUGGAGCUGGAACAGCACCAGUGACAGGCUCGGGGAAGGCCAUCACUGCAGCCACGUCUGGCGUGAGCCGUGAACAACUCGUCGUCUUCCUAGCUGACCUUCUGCGUGGUACCGCAGAAGAACGCGCACCCCUUGUACUGGCCAUGUCGCAGGAGGGGGCAGGGAACUCAGAGGUGGUCACACGCGAACAGGUGUCGCAGUUUCUCCAGGACGUCCUUUCUUCUGUGGUGAAGAUCCUGGUCAGUCGGGAGCGCCUGCGGGGCUGGAAGCUGGACAGGAUGGGGGAUGUGUCUAUGGGGGUCAAGCUGCUGGCUGAGCAGAUGUGCUCAGAGCUGAAGGCCUCAGAGCGGGGUACCUGUGACGUGUGCAGCCUGGAGGACUGGGUGUUCCGCGUGUCCCAGGUGGCGGCCUACCUGGAGCUGCUGGUGAGCGAGGGCCUGGCCGUGGUGCUCCCCAGCCGGCCACCACUCACCCUGCUGCCCGCCUGCUUGGAGGCCCCCUGGUCCAAGCUCAAGUGUCUGCUGGACCUGCCCACCCUCAUGUUCCUGGCUCUGCAGUUGCCAGAUAGCUACAGCGCCCCCUGGAGGCUCCUGUUCACCACACAGCUGCAUGGAGAGAGCUUCUCCAGGAUGGUGGCGGGCCUGUCCAAACGGGGCCCCACCCUGCUGCUCAUCAGGGACACCCGGGGCCACGUGUUCGGGGCGUUCGCCUCCCAUGCCUGGGAGGUGAAACCACAGUUCCAGGGUGACUCUAGAUGCUUCCUCUUCUCGGUGUACCCGAGGCUGCGUGUGUACACCGCUACAGGAUACAAUCAGCACUUCAUGUACCUCAACCAGAACCAGCAGACCAUGCCCAAUGGACUGGGAAUGGGCGGGCAGCAUGGCUACUUUGGCUUGUGGCUGGACAGCGACUUUGGCCGUGGUCACAGCCGUGCGCGUCCCAAGUGCACCACCUACGGCAGCCCCCAGCUGUCGGGGGACGAGGAAUUCACCCUGGACUAUGCGGAGGUGUGGGCUGUGGGCAAACCACCCGAACCGGAGGAGGGCGAGGAGGGGCGGGGCAAGAGAAGCGUCCUAGACAUGGACCCGGAGGUCCAGGCCAUGAUGGAGAUGGCAGGGAAGACGCUCCACAGCCAGGGCCUCAGAGAACCAGAAGAGGACGAGGACUAGCCCCCACAAGGAGAACCUCCAGAGAACCAGCCGGACCUGGACUGAGACCAUUAGAGAACCAGCCGGGACUGGACUGAGACCAUUAUGCCGCUUUUCCACCGCACAUGUAGCUCGACUUGACUCGACACGACACGACUCGACACGGUAGCAGCACGGGUCGUUUUCCACCGCAAAUAGUACCUCCUGGACGUGGGCGGGGUCGGCUGCGCGAAAGGCCGUGAAGUAUUUUUGUACGCGACGCAAACAACACCUACGCAACCCACACAUGGACAGAACCCACAUAACAACAAUGGAGGACAUCGAUAACAUUACUAUUAUUAGCUGGCAUGUUGAAGAAGUUGAAGAAGUGGAAUAUGUUGGCUGCGGCGCUGCUAUGGCUGUUACCAGCAUGGUUGCCAUGUCGCUCUUGUGACUUCGUCACACUCUCUGGCCAAUCAGUGGCCGGCCGUCUGCCGACGUCACCUUUUAGCAUCGGCUCAGCUCGCUUGGAACCUAGAGCGAGGCGGUACUAAAAAAAGCAGCCACUUCAGAUACCAUGUUUUCGCGGUGGAAACGCAAAAAAUGCGAGCUGAGUCGAGUCGAGUCGUGUCGAGCUGGUAUCAUGCAGUGGAAAAGCGGCAUUAGAGAACCGGACUGGACUGAGACCAUCAGAGAACCAGCCGGGACUGGAUCAUCCCAAAGGACAAACCUCUCGCAUUCCUCCAGGGGCCAUUUGAAAAGUGGAAACCGGCAGCGUUCAGUUGUUAAAGGGCCCCUCUUUUCCAAAUGCAUCCACUGGUGAUGACCCGAGUGGGAUAGCUUGGAACAAUCUGCCUCACACCUGGUGGUAAUUCUGUGUGUACACUGGCGACACACAGAAUUAAAAGCAUCUGCUCUUGUUGAAAUAUUCAACCGUUUUAAAUUGGUAUUGCUGCAAAGAAACUUUUUCUUUAUUUUGUUUUAAACUUUGAUUGUGUUGUUGGAAGGGUUUAUAGAAGCUACAGCCGCUGAGCUACAGAAGCACCAGCGGCAUUAAGGUCCACCAUACCACCUCUAAGACACACACACACACGCACGCACGCGCACGUGCACAAUGGAAAUGUAGAGUGUAAAGAAGGAUCCAAGCAGGGAAUUUAUUCCAGGUGUAUGGAAGAUUUAAAUUGCACUUUUGAUUCAAAAUGUAGCCGUAUUUAGACUUGUAAAUGUAUUUUAUGAGACUACCAAUAAGUGUUUACAUUCAUAGAUACAAAGAUUAAACCCAAUACUAUCGGAACAGCACUAGACCAUAACGUUCUCAUGUUUCUUUCUGGAUUCAUAAAAUGCUCCUCCCUUUGUUCGCCCCUCCGAGUUAUGAAAACAUGGGUGCAAUAGAUAUCCACCAUUGCAGAUUAUUUGUGGCAUAAUAGAUGUCUCUUCACAAAGCCAGAGUGUCAUUGUUUAGAUUCUACAGAGGGAUUGUGCGAGUUCAACCUCCGAGCUCUAUUGCAGCAAAGCUGGGAUGUAAGCGUGUAUUUCAUUAGUUCUUGCACCAAGCGGGGUUGCUUCACCAACCCUAAAUGUAGCACUGAACUUGAUCGAAGGCAGAACGUUGAAGGAAGGAUUUUUGUCUCAACUGUGGAAGCUUGGGUAGAGAAUUUAUUUCAAGGGGAUAUUUUUUUUUCCUCCCACUAGCUUUUCCAGCUUCAAUUAAAAUCUGAACACAACAUAACAAAACACAAAUACACAAUUUUAACUGGUUUUAAAAUGUCCCUGUGUUAUGCAGUGAAGUUUGAUGUUUAUUCCAAUAAAGUUGCAUCCAAAUAGGUUUAAAUUUAA